AUUCGUUGCCUAUAAUCGAUAAGCGCAGCUAUAUAUCAUUAUUUAUAUAAACAGAAACCAAGUGGCCAGCUGAUUUCAGUCAGUGGGAACAGAUGAUCACAACAGACUAAACAUUACCCAAUUAGACUGCCCACAAAGACGAUUCCCGUACAGUAAAGACAAUGUCGGAGGACAAGCAAUUUAUAAGAAGGGAAAAGGAUACCAAGGAGACUGGACACCAGAUAAUAACAAAGGAUGUGGACAUAUAUCGGGACACCUUCAUUCGCUAUAUGGGUUACAGCAACGAGAUUGGCGAAUCCUUUCGCCCUCUAGUGCCUAAAUCCCUGGUGGCUGCUACCUACGGCAUGGCCAUCGGAUACGUCUGCACGGAUACCUUCGAUAAGACACUCCGCCUCCAAAUGGACGGGGCAUCCCCCCGAGAAGUGGCCAUCAAGGGCGGCGACGUCUUUGGCUGGCAGAUGCUGGCCUCCGUGGCCAUUCCCGGCCUGGUCAUCAAUCGGAUCACUUGGGCCACCAAAAGACUGCUGAGCCGAGCUCCCAUGCCGCUGCUGAAGACGGUGCCCACUCUUGUGGGCCUGGCCAGCAUCCCGCUGAUCAUCCAUCCCAUCGACACCUUGGUGGACCGCCUGAUGGACGCCACGUACCGCAAGAUGGUCAGGUAGUGAACGCCGCGAUGACGAUCGAUGGCAACCUGUUCCUAUCCUGCUAUCCUGUACACUCCCCCGGUGAUAGUUCUUAGAUACUAAGUGUUCGUAUUAACUGUAGCGAAGCUUUAUAACCCCAAAAAUCCAGUUUGCAUCUUGACAAGGAUUUUCCAACUUAA